CUCCAAGAACAAGCAAUUUGUAUAAAUACACGACUAUUGUGGGAAGAAUCAUUUUUAUCUAACUUUUUAUCUGUGCUGUAGGGGCAGUCAAAGCGUGUUAUUAGGCUACUGUAGAAAUUGUUAGCUGUGGCAGACCCAAAUGAUUUGUGCCGACAAUCUGCAUUGCUGACAAAAAGCACAGAACUGUAUUAGGCUACCUAUUAACUAUAUCACGGUGGCUGCGGGAGAAAUAUUAUUCGCUGUAGAAAUAACACCAUUUUACUCAGAAAGCUAAACACGAACAGGUCUCCAUUCCCGUCAGCAGUACUUUGCCUCCAUCUUGCGGUCACACAGAGUAAGUGCAACUGCAAGUGAAGAGCGGGACCUCCGUUUUGCCAGAUUCUGAUUCUCCGCCAAGUUCAGUUACACGUCAGUAGGGGACCUGUACUGGUGAGUGGACGUGUACAGCGCGCGUCAGCCGGUUCCCGGAUGCGCCAAGCAGAAACAUGGAACGGGUAGUGGUGGAAGUGCCGAUCAACAACGGUUUUUCCCUCGCUGGCCCUUCCACAACACCACGGAAGCGUCAGGUGCGUUUUUCAGCACGACAUGACAUCAUCCUUCUGCGGGAGGUCAUCGCCCAGAACCCCUUUGCCUCCAAAGAACCAGGACGGAUCUGGGCUCGUGUGGGGGAGAUCAUUACUGCAGCGCUCCAAGAUGAAAACUUUGAGGUGGAUGCCAGGAGGUGUAGAGAGAGGACCAUGCUGCUGCUAGACUACUACAAGAAACAAGACUUCCCCAGUCUGCGCAGGUUUGGAACAGAGAGGUUGUACGCUGAAAAGGAGGAUCUGCUCCAUGAGGUUUUGGAGCUGGAGGCUGAGAAGGGGCUCCUGGCCAGCGGGGAAAGCACAAAGUACCAGGAUGAUGAACUGAGAAAGCGAGCCAUGGAAGAACUAACUCUACCAGAGCAGGACAAACCCAACAUCACUAUCACACAAACACCCACUGCAGCAGAACCAGAAGAAGACCGUGAGGAAAUGGCAGAUGUUUCAGCAGCACCUAUGGCCAAGCGGCCUUGCCAGUGCUGCUGCCAGACUUACUCUGAGAUCCUCAGCUUCCUGGAGAAACGCUCAGAGGCGGAGCAACGGCUGCGGGAGGAGGAGCUUGCCCUGCGCAGGGAGGAGCUGGAGAUUCAAAGGAGUAAGAUCACUUUGGAGAGGGAACGUCUGGGAGCUGAAAGAAAAGAGAGGGAACGGAGAUUUGAGCUGGAGAGCCAGGAGAGGCAGGUCAUCUUGGACCUACUUAAAGAGAAGGUGCUGAAAGGCUGACGCUGACGCAAAAAAGGUCAAAGGCUGGAAAAUGGGGAAAAAACAUACUCCUCUAAAAUGGGAAAGGAAACUAAGGAAACAGGAAGUGAAAAGAUCAAUGGUUGAUGCAGGUCACUGACAUGGUAAAAUAACCAAACAAAAUCUGACUGAAGAGAUGAACAGUGAACUGAGAUUUAAAAUGGAGGGCAGUAAUGCAGGAUUUGCAGCUGUCUUUGUCUUGUCUGGUGCACAAUGUACCAGAAGAGACAUAAAACUAAUGACAAUGUUUAAAAGGUGCAAUAUUUGCCGAAACCAGCUGCACAAAGCAGAUCCAUUUAGAUUUCAAUAGAUGCCCUGCUUUUUAUUUUUCAUCGCACAGGUUGCAUUAGGAUUUAAAAGCACUGCAAUUACUAGAAUGUGAAAAAGGUAUGCUGUUGUUUUAUAGGUGUGGUGAUCCACUGAGCCAAACCUGGCAGACAGGUUCACCAUGUGCAAGGAUGGUCUGUUGCACAAAUGUGGAUAAAUGCAUUUCCUUAUGUAACAAAGACAUGUUUUAAUGUGUCCUGUUCACAGUGUAAGAGACACCGUUCUUUGUGCUCCCAGGAUGAAAAAGGUUGAGGAACAACUAAAAAGCUGUAUUUUUAAGUAUUUAACAUUAAAAGUUCAGGCUUUUUAAAAAUCCUGUAGCAUUAAUACAUUUAUGACUUUACACAUGUUUUAUUCACACACUACUUUUUCAAUUUGAAGACCUUUUGAUUAAAAUAUAAGUAAAACUAUAUUUUACUGACUGUAAAUCCACUGCACAUUGACUGGUAAGCACUUUUGUAGAGCAAACAAUACAAGCCAUUAAGUGUGUGUCCCUAUUCCAUAGAUUAUACAGAAACAAUGGAGCUAUUUUUGAACUGAAAUUACAUUAUGUGUUAAUGUCACAUUUUAGCACUGCUACAUUCCUUUUGCUAUAUAGUUAUUAGUCAAAUGCAUCUUAACAUAGGGUGUUUCUUUUUAUUCUCAUGAUUUAUUAAAUGAUCUGGCUUUUAUUAUAUGCUACUGUAAACUUGUGUAUAUUGUUCAUUAAAAAAAAGUUUUUUCUUUAAAUACCCACAAAAUAACCUACUUUGUAUAAAAUAAAAAGUUUUGAGAAAUUAAAAAUUUAAGAAAUUUUGUUUAACCUAAAAAGACUACAGUGUGACUGCACAUGA